AUGUUCAGAUAUCAUGAGAGUAUAAGGGAAAUACGAAUUGAUGAGUGUGAGCUCUUGCGUAAUGUUGAUGUGCGUGAAGCAGAUAAUCUUCUCAAACUGAUCAUUGAAAAGUGUAAAGCGUUGGAAGAUGUAUAUGUGGGUGGAUGUGUAAAGAUGGAGGUUAUUGAGAUUCGUGAAUGUAUCGGCUUACAGAAGGUAAGAGGACUAAAGCAUGUGAAGGAAUUGCGGGAAUUGAAUUUAUCCGGGUGUCGAAACCUGCGAGAGAUAACGGGAAUACACAGGUAUGAAGACACGAGGUUGGAAAAGCUGAAUGUGAAGUGUUGUGAGAAACUGGAGGAUUUGAGAUUUUUGAGAUAUUGUAGGGUGCUGAGGAGUAUUGUGAUUUCUGAUAGUGUGGUUACACAGGAGAGGCUGAAAUUAUUCAACUACAGGGUGGAAGUUAUCAGUGAAACAGAAUACUAUUCGAAACGUAGCGGUGACAAUGACACCUCCCAUUCUACUCAUAAUGACCAAGUUGUUAGGUAG